GUUGAUGAGAGCACCUGGACUGCAGCCAUUGAGCAUCCGUUGAAUUUGUCAAGUAUUGUCUUUCCGGCGCAAUCGAUCACAAUGUUUUCAAACCGAUGUGCAAGGCUUGUUGCCUCUCGAACGUCAGUCCCAUUGACGUCAUACCUGGCCCGGGCGAGAUUCUCUUCCACAGCUUCUCCAGCUUCUGCAGCGUAUGAAUAUAUCUUGACCUCUACACCAAAGCCGGGAGUGGGAUUGAUCACUCUUAACCGACCCAAGGCUUUAAACGCACUUUGCAGCCCCCUCUUCCGUGAACUCAAUGAAGCUCUGACGAAAUAUGACGAAGAUAAAGACAUCGGUGCCAUAAUCAUCACUGGCAGUGAAAAAGCCUUUGCUGCUGGCGCCGAUAUCAAGGAAAUGGCACCCUUAACGUUCGCUGCAGCAUACUCGAACAACUUUAUUGCCCCUUGGUCCCAUCUGGCUAACUCAAUCCGCACUCCCGUCAUUGCCGCCGUUUCUGGUUAUGCUCUUGGCGGUGGGUGCGAAUUGGCACUGAUGUGUGACAUGAUUUAUUGCACAUCCAAGGCAACCUUCGGCCAGCCCGAGAUUAAAUUGGGUACCAUCCCUGGUGCUGGUGGCUCUCAGCGUUUGACUAAGAUCGUUGGAAAGAGCAAGGCCAUGGAAUUGAUUUUGACUGGAAAUACCUUCAGUGGGAAAGAGGCCGGAGAAUGGGGGGUGGCCGCUAAGGUUGUCGACGGUGGAAAAGAUGAAUUACUCGCAGCUGCACUGGAAACCGCCACCACUAUUGCCGGAUACAGUCGUGUCGCUGUCGUUGCUGCAAAAGAAGUUGUCAACAAGAGCCAGGAGCUGUCGUUGGGAGAGGGCGUUGAUUACGAGAGACGCCUUUUCCACGGGUUAUUCGGCAGCAAAGAUCAAAAGAUAGGAAUGACUGCGUUUGCCGAGAAGAAGAAGCCAGAAUGGGCCAAUGAGUAA